GAUGUGUUUGUUUUACUGAUAUUAGCUCAAUCACUUCCUCUCCAUUGCCGCUUUACACCGAAAACUUGCGCAUUCAUCUUCACAGUGAAUCCACCUGCCUAGCAACGUGAUAUUGUGUUGUGUUCGUAAAAUGUUUUCUUUAACAAUUCCUUUCUUUCCUGUUGACUUUUUAUCUCCCCUUCUCUUCAACCUUGUUCAUCAUUCCACGCCAAUUUCCAACCACGAAGAUGGAUCCAAACCUAGGUCAGGGAUACCCUUCACCCUCUCCAUCUCCAUCGUCGUCGUCCUCCUCCUCCUCUGCCUCAUCCUCAGAGACGAGCACUCCGAUACCUGCUCAGCAGCAGCCGCAGCAGCAGCCGCAGCUACCCAGCCAAGGCCCCCCCCGCAAGCCAUGUCUAAUCCUCAUAUGUCUAACCGACAUAAAUGCCUUUAGCGCACGCUACCUCUCCAUCCUGACAAAGAUGCAACGCGAUGCACACCUCAUCUUCGCCCGUUCGCUCUCCGAUCUCCAGCGUAUCCUCGCAAGGGAAGUCAUCGCCACUUCAAUUGCAGGAUUCAUCGUCACAGACGCCAGAGUCAUGGGAAUCGACAUAGAAAUUGACCCUGACACCGACGCAAACAGCGGAGAGGCCAGCGGUGAUGCCGAGAUGGCGGGAAUAUCCAAGGUGCUCGGUGGGAUUGUGAACGGGACUUACUUUUAUUCCAAUGCACAUGCAUUGGGCUAUCUGUCUUCAAACGGAGCUGUGUCUAACAGAGGGUUGAUACCAGGGUUUGGAGGGCCCAGGCGUACCAACCCCCCCAGCCCCCGUGAAUGGACGGUCGUUUUUGCAUUUGACUUCCCGUCCCAAGCCGCGCGGUAUCCAUUGCGCUUCGGAAGGUACAUGGCGGAGACAUUCGGCGUCGGAUGGAGAAUGUGCGGUGCCACGAAGGGCAAGUGUGCAUUGGAGAUAAGCGAACGGGGUCUCAGGAAGAUGGGGGAAAGAGUGUAUCGGGGGAACAAGUAUCGACUCCGCGCUGUGUUCUUGGGAUCUGUUGAUGAGCGAGACAAAGUUCUUGUUGUUGCGAAGGGUGCGAGUGUCGGUAAUGGUGGACUAGGGAGCCAGGGACAGCCUGAGGUGUAUCGUGUGGAUGAGGAUCAGAGUGGGAAUGAAAAUGGAGAAAAAGGUGUGCGUGAUAUGCGCGCAGCAGCAGCAGCAGCAGGAGAUACAGAUAGUACGGCCGGUGAAGACGGAGAGUUUGAUAUUGAGCAGGUAGAGGUCGGAGACGAAGGUGUCGGAUGGACGCUUGCAGCGGAUAGCAAUGGCCCGACUGGUCCUUUAGGUGGAGAAGGCGAGGAGUUGGAUAUGGACAUGGAGAUGAUUAAUGCCGAAUAUCGCCGCGAACAAAAUGACUGGGCCGACGAUGAGCUUACUGGCACUGAAGGGUCCGAGAGUCCGCACGAGGACGAGAACGAAGGCGUGAGCACCACUAGCAGCAGCAGCAGCAACGCAGACGAAACCCUCAGCAAACGGGUUAUAUAUGUGAAUAUCCCUGACCAGCGUGGAAGCCAGAACGUCGAUUCCGAUGACGCAUCUGCAGCCCAAUCGCCAAACAGAAAGAAGAAGAAAGAAACCCCGAAGCACGUCGCGAACUGCCCUGUCGCCAUCCAUGAAGUCAAACAAUUGACAGGGAACUGGGCUCAGAAUGGUCAACUACCUCGCAUGCGUGGGUAUGUCGGCUUCGCUGGACACGUCGAGGAUAACAGGUCUAUGGCAAGCUUGAUCUUGGGGAUGUGUGCGGUGCGAAACACCAGACCUCUGCCGGAAUCCAUGCGGACUUUUUUGCGCGAUCAUAAUCUUGGAUAGAUUGCAUCGUCUUUUGUCCUGUCGAAUACAGGAUGUUUCCCGGGGUGUUAUCUUUGAUUUGGGUGCAGUAUCUACCUCGUACAUGAAUCUGGACUGGAGAUCGAACUGAUAUCAAUGUACCACAUGAUGCAUAAUGUACAAUAACUAAGUAGUAGCUGCAAGCAACGCCAUGCUCAAUGAAUACAUACAAAAAAAAGAAACAAUGCCAAUGACAAAAACACGGUUAAAUGGCGUAGAGAAUAAUGUUUGAAUCCUCGGAGCUCACUUGGUCUCCUCGCUAUUGGGUGGAGGCAAAUCACUCAGGCGCUUCGGCUGCUGGUUUCCAUACGCUGAUAUCAAAUAUCAUCAGUACCGACUGACCUACCAUUUCAAGGAGAACAUAAAUCCAAAAGAAAGAGAAGAGAAGU